AACACUGGCUCUCUGUUCUCACCACUACUCCUCCGUGCAGGAACCGGCUAACCGGUCAUCGAGACACAUCCUGAAGAGAGGAGGGGAGGAUCUAUCAGAGCAAAGUGGAAUAAUUUACAGCAUUACUACACACACAGUGGAAAACGGGAUUACAUGUUACGUUUGUGCAGUUUUUGGUCUCCGCUUCCUGCUUCUUCGCCUUGUGGCACUACAGGAGCUCUCAUUGUGGCUGGAGCGAGGAUCCCCUCCUUUUGUUUUGCUCUGCAGUUGUUUAUUCGCACUCCAACUUCUGCCUCCUGUUUCCCCAAAUAGGAGGUUUCGUUUCGGUUUUUCUUGUUUCGGCCUAAACGGAAUGAAUGACAAAAACAAAGGAGGUUGAUGUCCAUAACUCUCCGACUCACCUCGUCUUCGCCUCGCCCAAGGAACGGAGACUCCAUCUCCGGCAGAAGAUGGAAAGCGGAGGCGGGACGGAGGGCUCGGACAGCGGGCAGACGCAGCACGCGGUGCCCGGGCAGCAGCCGGAGCUCUCUGCGGUGGUGUCCGUUCGGCCGCCGGGAGAGAAAAAGAAGAUAAACCGGGCUCCCUCCCCGGCCAGACCGAAGGAUGUACCCGGCUGGUCUCUGACCAAGAUCCGCGGAGGGAUUGGUACCCCGACCCUGAGCGUCAAGCCGGGAGCCAUCCACCUGGGGAGCCGCAUUUCCAGGCGCAGCCCCGUGGGGAGUCUUGCAGGAAAGGACGGUAAAGUGGACAAGAGCGGUGGUGGCAAACCGGUGGGGAAGUCCUCCUCCGCGUCGUUGUCUAAAGCAGCCAAGACGGCCAAGAGCACCGGAGGACGGAGGAAGGUGUCGGACGCCAGCUUAGGAUCCGAUGAUUUAUCUAAGGACUCCGGCUGCGCCACGGGGAAGCUCUCCCCGACCGACAGUAGCUCCGAGCUGUCGGACUGCGCCUCUGAGGAAAACAAGCUCUCGGCGGACGCUGUGAGCAGCGACGCCGAGUCGAGGAGCAGCCGAGGCGGUGGGCCGGACGGAGACAAGCCGCUCAGGAAUGGCGUGUUGGCGGACAGAGCUAGCCACCAUGCCGCCGCCAAGACCACCUGCUCCUCCGGGGAGAGGGACGACAAAGACCGGCUCUCUCUGGGCGUGGAGACCGGGGAAGGGAGCAUAUCCCCCGGCGAGGAGCGCUCGGUCACCUCGUUUGACAGCAGGGUGCCUGCCAGCACAUCCCUGGCUUUCUCGGACCUCACAGAGGAGUUUAUGGACGGCAUGCAAGAGGAGUUUGUCCGGGAAAUAGAAGAGCUGAGAUCUGAGAAUGAUUACCUCAAAGAUGAGAUGGAAGAGUUGAGAUCUGAGAUGCUGGAGAUGAGGGACAUGUACAUGGAGGAUGAUGUCUACCAGCUGCAGGACCUGCGGCAACAGCUGGAACAGGCUAACAAGACCUGCCGCAUCCUGCAGUACCGGCUGAGAAAGGCAGAGCGGCGCUCUCUCCGAGUGGCCCAGACCGGCCAGGUGGAUGGAGAACUGAUACGAACGCUGGAGCAAGAUGUCAAAGUGGCGAAGGACGUGUCCAUCCGUCUCCACAGCCAGCUGGACAGCGUGGAAAAGAAGAGGAGUCGCCUGGAGCAGGAGAAUGAGGAACUAAGGGUCCGACUGCAGGACCUUGAGGUCGCCAAACAGGUCCUGCAACAGGAGAUUGACAAGAACUCCCAGAAGAAAAGAGGAGCACGACCCAACAACAAACCUGAUAAGAAGCUAUGUCCGCAGGAGGACAGUUCAGACCUGAAGUGUCAGCUCCACUUUGCCAAAGAGGAAUCAGCCCUGAUGUGCAAGAAGCUGACGAAGCUGGUGAAGGACAGCGAGGCCAUGAAGGAGGAGCUGGCCAAGUUCAGGUCGAUGUACGGAGACGUCAACGCCUCGCUAACUGUGGAGGAGGUUGCUGACUCCCCCCACACCCGCGAGGCGGAGAUCAGAGUCCACCUGAAGCUGGUGGAGGAGGAGGCCAACCUGCUGAGUCGACGCAUCGUGGAGCUGGAGGUGGAGAACAGGGGGCUCCGAGCUGAGAUGGAUGACAUGAAGGGACCACAAGAUGGUCCACAGGACCUCGGUGGUGUUGGUGGCGGUCUGGGGGCUGGUCUUGGCCUAGGAGGAGGAGCCCUGGUGCUCGGGGGAGGAGCUUCGUCAGAAAACGUCAUGGAGCUCCAGAGACACCUCCAGUUUGUGGAGGAGGAGGCAGAGCUUCUGAGGAGGUCUCUCAUCGAGAUGGAGGAACAGAACAAACUCCUGAUGAAUGAGAUCAACCGAUAUAAAUCUGACCUCCCGCCGCCAACAUCCACACUGUCGUCCAAUUCGUUGGCAUCGCUGACGGACGGGCUGCUCAACGACAGCCCGGUGCACACCAUACAGGAAGGGGCGGUGCUUAUCAGCACAGACGCCCCGGCCCAGGAGGAGGAGCUCAGGCUGGCGAGGCUUCAGAUCGGAGAGCUGAGCGGGAAAGUGAAGAAACUGCAGUACGAGAACCGAGUGCUUCUGUCCAACCUGCAGCGAUGUGACCUGGCCUCCUAUCACGCUCCUUCAUCCUCCUCCUCCUCCUCCUCACUACGACUAGCUCUGGAGACUGACGCAGAGGCUGGAGACUCAGCUGAGUGCCUCCCAAGUCCGCCGCACCGCAAAGAGCCAGUCGGAGGUGAGAAUGACGCCCUAGAGAUCAAGGAACGGAAAAAGAAGAUCGAGGACAAUGCUGACGCACCAACCUCCCUCCCUGGUUACCUGGGGCAGAAGGACCAUGAUGCCUUGCUGGCCAUGAGGGACCAGGCUCGCUUGGUUUCCACAGCGAUACAGCUCCUGACCUCCCCCGAGUCCAACUGCCUCUCCUCCUCGCCAUCCAUCUAUCACAAGGUCUGCAGCAACGAGGCAGCAGAGCCGUGUGACCUGGAGAAACCUCAGAUCUCCGAGCUGUCGGACCUGGCGGACCGGCCCCUGGUUGGCGCUCUGACCAGCAGGCUCCAGGCCCUACACACCCAGCUACAGGCUUUUGUGGAGCAGGUAGACAGCCUGGGUAAACCCCCAGCAGGUGGGAGGGACCCUCAGGUGGAAGGAGCGUCUCCUCUGGCCUCACCCUGCUGCUCUGGAGAUGAGCAGAACGGGCUGAACACUGCCGCGGAGAAGCAGCCUGAUUAUAGGGACCAAUCAGAGCUGGAGGUGAGAGCUCAAACUGGGGAGAGCAGCCAAUCAGACAGCAAUGAGACACAAAAGCAGGAAGACAGCCAGCUGGAACACGGAGAGAAGGAGACAGACGAUGCACUGCGCAUCCAGUCCAAAGACAUCCAGGCUCAGCUGUCUGAAGUGGAGGAGUCGGCUCUCGAAACUCGGGAGGAGCUGGAGAGGGAAAGGCAAGCUCAGAGAGAAACCACUCUCAGACUCACACAGCUCCAGGACGAGCACCAGAAGGCUCUGCUCCGUCGGGACUUCCAGUUGCAGAGUUUGGGCCUCCAGGCUCGACUCCAGCAGAAAUUAUGGAGCCAGGAGAGGACUCUGCUGGUCCAGGAGUCCCAGCACCUCAAACAGGCGCUGUUACUGCUCAGCCUCAAACUGCGCUGCUUCCUCAAACAGUGGAGGCUGGGCGGCAGGAAGGACACAGAGUGGAAAGAUGUCCUGGAGAUGAACAGCCUGAAGGACCUCUACCUUCUGUUGGAGGAGGACAACCUGACAAGCCCCGCCCACCAGACUGACAAGCGGACUGCUGCAGAUGAACAUCCGCUCAGUCCAACAAUUAAGUCCAGUGCCGUGAGCAGCACCCUGGCAGACCUGAAGGUGGCGCUGCAGGAUCUGAGUGGAGAGUUACGACAGGAGAGACAAGGCUCACAAGAACUCACCCAGCAGUUCGCAAAGGCCAAGGCAUCAUGGGAAGUGGAGAGGACAGAACUAAAAAGCCUCAUCACGCAGCUUGAGACCAAAGCAGGCAAAGCAGCAGCUCUGUCCCCCACUGAUGCACUGGAUCCUCCAGACCUGAAGGGAGUGCUGAAGAGGGAGCGUGAAGAACACCAGCACCUCCUGGCUGACUCCUAUGCAGCUGUGAUGGACCUAACUAAACAGCUUCAGAUCGGAGAGAGGAACUGGGGCAGAGAGAAGCUGGAGCUGCUGGAGAGGUUCAGCCAGGAGAGAGCUCAGUGGGAGCAGAGACUGGGAGAGGCCACUGCACAACAGGGGAAGUCGAAGUCAUUAGGCAGCGAGUCCUCUGCAGACACAGUCAUCACUAAUGGAACAGGAUCACCAAGGACCAAAUCCACAUCGGAGCUGGAGUGCCCAGAAGUCAACGGAACAGUCAAUCAGGAGGACAGGAUCCAGUUUGUAAUACCAGAGCUGAGUGACCUCACCAGGAAGAACUGGACCUACCUGACCAAUGAGACUCCAGAUGUUGGGGACACCUGUAAAACCUGGGAUGGCCCCAGCGGCUCCUGCAGCAGCUUAGUGGGAUCAGAGCUGAAUCUGGAGUCAGUACAGAGGAGCUACACUGCUCCGGACCGCACCGGUAUCCGGAUCUACUACAGCCCACCUGUUGUACGACGCAUGGAGCAUCAAAGAAGAAGCCAGGGGGCCAAUGAGUCGGCCCAGAACGGGAGCUCUUCCCCAGGACUGAGUGGCUCAGACGCAGGCGUGGAAACUAUGGUGGAAACCCUCGAGGUUCAGCAGCAACAACCUCCAUCCAACUUUUCUUCCACGUACGAGCAGUGGCUGAGCUCGCUGUCCAAGCAGCACCGGGAGCUGCUGGAGAGCAGAAGUGGCUGUAUCGCCGGGUCGAUCCCCAGUGUUGCCAGCAACAGCGGCUCUGUUGAUGGGUUGACAUCCUCGUCAGCUUUCCACGGCCUAGCGAUUGGGGAGAUUUCAGCCAACUUAAGUGAUGACAUGAAGGAGAUGACCAACUGUGUCCGCCAGGCCAUACGCUCUUCCUCUCUGGAGAGGAAAUCCACCAAGGAACCUGGGAGUCAGGUGGGCAUGUCCACCAGGUCCACUCAGACUGCUGCGCAGUACGUCAGCAUCGGUCUUCAAACUGACAUCCUUCCCAGCAGGGGGUCAGGGUUACACUCCAAAUCCUGGUCUCCUCGCCCCUCAUCAGCAACCACAUCCUCGCUAGCGUCAGCCCGGACCCGGCAGAUAUCCACAUCACUGGAUAAAGUUCACAGCCGCAUCGAGAGGCCGUGCUGUUCACCCAAGUACGGAUCACCGAAACUACAACGCAGAGUGUCUUCUGGCUCCACUUCCAGACUGGAUGGCACUUCCUCCCCCAGGGACCGGAGCCUGUGGAGCCUCCAGCAAAGAUCCAUGAGUGGAGGGGGAGGCUCGGCCUGGGCACGCUCCACCACCACCAGGGACAGCCCCGUCCUGAACGGCCUCACAGACGGCCUCUCCAGCCUCUUCAGCGUGGUGGAACAUGCUGGAAGCACAGAGUCGCUCUGGAGGGGUGAUGGAGGAGCCAGCCAGGGUGCCAGUCCAGCACGGCAGCCUGCUGCUGCAGGUAAACCCUCCGCUGUGUCAGUCUGUGGAUCGGACCCUGGCUCUCAGCGGUACGGAGGCCUGGUCCAGGAGUUCUUCAGGAGUGUCUGCAGCAGCCGGAGCCAGGGAGGAGUCACCCUGUCUGUGGAGAGAGUGCAAAGAGAAGGGCUGGCUGCCGUGGGUAGUUUUGCUAGUGUGGAUGAGCCCAAGCCAGAGUGCGUGUCAGCCGGGGUUGGAGGACUCGGAUCGCUGGCUGGAAGCAACGACAAUGUGACCAGGAUCGUCAAUAAGAGGUUCAUGAGACAGACGGUCGGAGAGGAGAUGGGCACUAUCAUGGGAGGUGGGAAAGAAACGGUGAACAACGCGGGUGCUGCAGCAUCUGGGAUGGAGGAUGCACCCUGUGACUGUGCUGGCCAGUCUUCCUGCCUCGCCCGACCAUCAAGAGCAGCGACUCGCCAUUCGCUCAGCCAGUGCAAGCACCGCCCACAAGAGUCUCCGGCGGCAACCGAGGAGAAGGGGGACACCUGCAACGAGUGACGACACUCCUACUGCCACAUUCAAAGACACGCAACACACACACGCACACACACACACACACACACACACACACACACACACACACACAAGCAAUACUGAUUCUUCACAAACACCACUGCCAUGAACACACACUUUCUCACACGUCAGCAAAUGUACAUACACACCUACAACCUGCCACACAGGUGCACUGCCAAACAGAACACACACACCGCUAGCACACUGCACAGACUGCCCCACUAACCCACUGCCACAUGCACACAUUCAUAAAACACACACAGAAACACACAGAACCGGGGCAAAACUUGUCUUCGACUAAACCAUUCUGAUGCCAAGGACAGGAAAGACUGAAACCCAGCAACAGAUCCAACCAUCACAAAACUACCAGCAGGACAUUAAACAUUAAUACACACAUCAUCUGACACACUAAACUAAACACUCUGAAGAGAGUCUAACAAAUAAAACUAUGAUGUCAGGACUGGAUUUGCUAAACCCUCCCUUCCCCACAAUUUAAAGAAUAACAGGUACUACAAAUGGUCAGUUUUUUGGACUGGAAAAUCCACCUUUUUGACGUUAUCUUGCCACCAUGCUGUUGGGCCAGCAGCCAGGCGAAAGGAGAAUACAGCAAGGAGAAAGCAAUGGCGUCAGACAAGUUUGAAUAUGUGUUGAAAGUGCAUGUGUUACUUGUGGAGCUCCUGUUUAAAACUGGAGAGAAGACAUCCGUCACAGCUGGAAAGAGCUUCCACAGUACGAUAGCAACCCUGCAACCAUCCGUCUUUGAAGAGUUAUCUGCUGGAAAGCUCAGAUGAUUUCUCUCUGAACCUGGUCAUAUACUUACACGCUGUGCUGGGAAAUGCAAUUAUGCCUUUUUGACUGAUUAGCACAAUAACAUUCCAGCAAGUCCCUCCAAAAUGGAUCUGUAAAGGGCCACCUCUUGAUGACACAUGAGCUGCAGAAAACUAUUCAAUAUUUCAGUAGAUUGCAAAAGGAAGAACUCGAGGACUAUUGGACUACAAAUCCCAGCAUGACCAGACUUCAUUGAUGGAUGUUUGGACUUGUCAGCUCUAUAAAUGAGACCAUAAAACUGAUUUGAGUGGUUUAGUAAAACAACAAGAAGCUUCCCUGGCUUGUUUCAAUGUAACUGUCCACUAUGUCCCCAGAAGGACUUUGGCCACAAAUAUGGGGACUUUUUGUGGCAUCGUAGCCAUGACUUAAACCUUGUAGAUGUAAGAAAACCUACUUCAAACGUGUUACCCUCCAGAGUCUGAUUGGAAAUUACAGUUUUGGUUUCAACCUGUUACAGCAGGCAGAAAGUGCCUGUUUGUUUCUCUUCACUGAUGUCAAGAUUCAUCGUCAACUCUUUGGUGAUCUGAUGAUGACGUGUGGUGUAAAGUCCUACAGCACAUUGUCUUAAAACAUUUCAGAUGGAUCACCUUCUGAUUGAAUGCGAGGUUAACAUGAAAACCCAUAUGCAGAUUCCAUUUUGCAUUGGAUAGAGAUGCACUGAAAUGGCUUUAACUGAAUUUACCAGUUUUUGUCUCGACAACUAGUUCAAACUAGGGUCAAGUUCAGAAGAUUAUGUUGGUUUACACCAGGUGAGUGGCAAAGGUUGCCACAGUAAAUGUUAAAAUAACAAUCAUGAUAUCGAUCUGAUAUCCAUUGGUGCAUCCCUAUCCUCUGUAUCCUCUGUGUUUAAAAUUUCAAAAUGCUAAUCUACCAUCAUCCAGAAAUGCUCAUUAACUCUAAGUGUCCACUGAGAAUUCAGUCAAUGCAUUCCUUGUGUUAGAGUCUUUCCCAGAUGUGUAUCUGUUUUUAAUGCACAUUUUAUCAUUUAAUUCUUCUAAGUUUUAAAAUACUUCCACCUUUCUCUUCUUUCACGCACAAUUAUCCUUGUGUUGUAGUACUACACCGAAGGCGUAGCUACUGUACGAGAUCUACAUGCAUUUUGAAAAUGUAGCAUUAUUAUUAUGACAUAAUCUUGGUAGACAACAAGCUAAGAACUGUCCAUCUGCAGCCAGAGUAGUUAAAGCACUGACAGGUUGUUGGUUUUUUUGUUUGUUUUUUACUUUUUACGAAAUACACUCAUUUAAUUCUUUAUUUAUUAUCCCAAUAUUUUUGAGUUUAAAAUGUAUUUCCUUUACUACCUUCAUUGCAGCCAGAUUCAACGGUAUAAAAUGUAUUUGAAUAGGAUGUCUGCACACUUAAGAGAAAUAUCUGGAAAAGAAGCAAACAUUGGGGACUGACACAAAUGGUCAAAAUACUGGUAACUUAAAACAAUCAUAAUUGGAAAGGUUUUUUUUAUUCCAUUUCUUUGUCCCAUCCUUUUGUUUGCUAUGUUCUUCAAUCAACAGAUAUUCAAAGUGCCUGACAGAGUACCUACUAGUCAGCUCACACCAAAACUGGACUGGACAUAUAAAAACACACAUAACUAACCCAGCAGGCCUUUUUUAAUGGAUAAGAUUGUUUUUAUGCACAUAAUUGCGAUCAGGCUGUACUAAAGCUAAAAUAAAGUACUGUACCACAGUGGAGGAAGGACAAAAUGGUUUACAGGUAUAUUAGGAUAUAGUAUAUUCACUUUUUUAUACCAAGGGUUAUUGUAUUUCUGGAAAAGUAAAUUAUUUUUGUUUCAUUUAUUUUAUAUGGAUGUUUUUGCUGAUAUAUUAGCCUGUUUCAAUUCUUUCUAUUUAGUUAUCAUGGUGCUACUUAGUGUGCAGUCUGCUGUGGGCUCACCAUCUAUUUGAGUAUGUCUCUCCCACUGUCUGUGUACAAGCUGGAGUCCAGCAUUUCUCCAUCUCUGCACACCAUUUAAUGACUCAGCAGUUUAAAAUAGGGCAUUACAGUAACAGUACAUGUAUUCAAAUAACACAGCGAGGAAAAGCCACAGUCUAAAUGCUGCUGUCUGUCUCCACUCCAGCCCUUGCUCACUGCUGGUGGAAAACCAAACGUCUGAAACCAGUCACCGCUUCAAACGCUACUUGUCACAGGAAUAGACCUUCUGAUUCUUGACCACAAUUAUACAACAGGUAGUCUUAGCCAAGCAAUGUGAUUGGUUUAAGAACACAUGCAAUCAUAUAACCUUAUUAAAAUGAUUCCAAGUGUCCCAAAAAGCACAGCUAAUAUGGUUGAGUACACAUCCAUUUCUUAUUACAUUCCAUGAUAUCGUCUUUUAAAGGUUUAAAGUUACAUCACACAAAUAGAAGCCACAUGUGGUUAGGAGAAUGAACUUGAUAAUACAUAUUUUGCAACAUUAGUUGGAUUUAACAACAUCAGUAGAAAAGGGGGAAACACUGAAACAGCUUGCUAAGAUUUAGCUUGCCAAUAAGCUAACAGGUAAUUUAGCAAAGUAGCUACAGCGACCUGUACGUCAAAAUUGUUUUUUCCUACUUGGAAAAAUUACACUUUUAGGGAGUAAACGACAAAAACUAUACAGUUUGUAGUGUCAUACGCCUACAAUUCAAAAAAGUGGCUCUGAAAAGCAAAGAAAGCUUUGAAGCUUGUGUCUUUGCAGCUGUUGUCUGCAUAGCUUUAUAGAUUUUUGGGGGGGAAUUCCAACAGUUCUUUAAUUUCACCACCACUGCAGCAUAAUCCACUACUUUUCUGCCCCUCUCUGUAUGUUGGUUAUGUUUCCAACAAAAUAUUUACCAAAAUGCAGCUAAAUGUACUGCUUCUGUUUGGCAUUAGCAUGGUUUGCUGCACAUAGCUAUGUAUGCUAACAUAGACAACAUUUUAAAGGUUUUCAGCUGAGUAUUACUGAUCAGGAGGUCUGUCACAUUUUAUCUGACUUUCACAUCAAUGACCACUUCUCCUCAUACAGUGUUUGAGAGCACAUUUUCAAAAACACAAUGAAUUUCAGCACCCAACACAAUAAAGCUGCUGAAACCUCUACAGUUAGCCACACAGACACUUUACUACGGACGGCCAUGUUUCCCACAACUAAGAUGUUAAAAGAAUCAAGAUUAGGCAAUGGCAAUAUAUCCCACUUUUUGACAAAUAUUAGCCACUAAUUCUAGCUUCUUACACAAAUUACAGUAGUGCAUGUCAAGACAGUGGUAGGUGUAGCCAACAUGUCAUUAUCUACAUUUGAAAAAUAGUUCAGACACAUUAGUAGUAUUGUGGAAAAAGUGAAAUAAAAAGCAACUGAGUACAUUUUUCCGUUCAUUGUGGCCCAUAAGCUUGGGGGCCUCCAUUAUGGCUGCUGAAUCUGUGCCAAAAAUCUCCAUAUAACAUUAAAAAAAAGAGCUUGAGAAGUUGAGACACAGUGCAGAGUGUAACAGCAGUCCGAUAAUGACUCAGUCAUCCCACAAUGUCUCACCACACACCAGGAUGAACCUAUAUCAUACCCUAAUAUUAGGUUUGGCAUAAUUUAUGCUUUUUGGAUACACUGCUAUAAACUACAGAGUCUAUCGAAAUUUUAUCGAAAGUCUAUUGAAAGUCUAUUGAAAUUUUAAAAAGUAACGUGUAAAAAAGCAACCAAAUGCCAAUCACAAAUUGGAUUUUUGUUUCAAUAGAACAAAACACAUACACCCCAUACAAAAUAAAAAGCACAAACCUGAAAAAAAUCUACUUUUUGGUUAAAAAUAAUUAGAGGAAUUUUAGCAUAAUUUACUAAAAUUGUUUUAAGCAGUGAUUUGAAUGUAUGUUGAAUGUUUCUGAUGUUGCCCAAUUCAAUGGAUGAAACAUACAUUUUGAUAGCGAGAAAGUUUGCCAGAUUCUGCUCUACCUCUUUUUACACCAUUACUAAACUCUGAGACAUUUCGUUAGUUGUAAAUAACUCAAAACAUAACACUAAAGUUGAAUUGUGCAUCAGUCUUCUGAACAUAUUUGGUAUACCCUAAGUCAGUUCUGUUGUCAAUGAGAAGGUGACUUUGUGCCUUUUCCUCUACAAAGAUGUCUUGGUUUUAAUUAAAACUCUUGUUUUUCUGCAAUUAUUUGGCUCCAACAAACUCCAUGAUGACUAUUUCCAUCUGGAGUUAGGAUUUUUUGUCUUGUAGUAGGUGUAGACUGAUUUGUGUUUACAUUAAUCUUCAAUGGUUCCUCUAUUACAUACUUUGUGACGGACAUGUUGCAAGCCAAUAAGGGAUCUCAGUGUCAGGAGAACGGUAUGCCUUAGAAAUUAGCUUUGCUUCACUUUUGUGUGACCUCCAGAUGGUUGAGAAUUCGGACCAAGGUUACUCUUUGGUUAAAUGUUGUAAUUGACCUCAAGUCUUAGGUUUUGCUGCUGAUAUUGCAGAGUCUAGCACAGGCCCUGAUUUUAGACAAUAUGAUAUUUAACAUUUCCAACACAUGUUCAGGUUGUGGAUGAAACUGCCACAAAAAAUACAUAAAAUAACAAUUUGUACUACUAUUAAACUUACUGAGAAGAAUCUGAUGUGACAUGUAGCUGGAAGUACACCUCACAGCUCCUCCUGGUAUUAACUGCAACAUUUAUGUAUUUUCUGGUAUUUGCUAUAAAGAUCUGUUAUGGCGCAGUCAGCAUAAGACGCAUUUCUCUUUUCGACUCUGAUGUCAUUGGUCGGUUCUGUCUCUGCCUCUCCAGCCUUUCCACCUGCCCGCCAGGUGUUACAUUUGCUCCUCCCCCUCAGGUUAUAAGUACUUGACAUUGCAGCCAAUGACAGACGGUUUUACAGGUCACACAGCAUCACCAGCCAAUGACUGAUGAGUUUCUAGCAGGUUGCAUGGCACAAACCAUGAGUGUCAUUAUUCCCGGUGUGUCUGUAUCUGAAUCUUUCCAGCCUUUUCAACCUUUUUCCAUACCAUUCAUAUAAUUAUUACAUCCUGGGAAUAUGUAAAUGAAUUCUUAGCUGUUCAUAAUGUUAGCUGAACUAUUACCUAGAGACUGCCUGUAUAUUCGCUUUAUAACCUACUCUUGUCUUUUUUUAAUAAUGCUUGUUUCUUGAAUAAAAGGAGAAUGCAAUGAAAGAAAUAAAAUGAGUACACGGUAAGGAAAUGUGUCCCCUUGUGUUGCAACUUGAAAAUAACUUAAAGGUUUGUACUCUCUCUGUCCGCUUUGUUUCUUUGAGAAAAGCUGAAUGUCUACAGCUGAUCUGAGCCAGGUCGCUGUGGAAGUAUGUAGCUCUCUCCCUUUAUAGACCACACUUGAGCAUUUCUUCUGUACAUAGGUGCAUUUUGAAGCAGAUGAAAAACAACAAAAAAAGGCAGCAAAUGUUAAAUAAGUAAAAUGAGAAAAUUUGAUCCAGUGGAUUUUUAAAAAGGUUGGGGAUUUUUGUUUUUUUUUCCCAACCGAUGUAGCUUGUAAAACGAGAUAUUAUAACUGCCUCCUGUUUGUCAUAGAAUUCACAAAUAAAUGUUUGUUGGAAUUUA